AUGGCGCAAGCAGGCGGGUCAUACAACAACCCCUUGAAGAAGUUCAAGUUGGUCUUCUUGGGCGAACAAAGCGUCGGCAAGACGUCGCUCAUCACACGCUUCAUGUACGACUCGUUCGAUAACAUGUACCAAGCCACCAUUGGUAUCGAUUUCCUUUCCAAGGCAUGUUCGAUCCCCACCAUGUACCUCGAAGACCGAACAGUCCGUCUACAGCUCUGGGACACAGCCGGCCAGGAGCGUUUCCGCUCCUUGAUCCCUUCGUAUAUCCGCGACUCGUCAGUGGCCGUGGUAGUUUAUGACAUUUCGAACGCCAAAUCCUUCCAAAACACACGAAAAUGGAUCGACGACGUGCGCGCCGAGCGCGGCAACGACGUGAUCAUUGUCUUGGUGGGCAACAAGACGGAUCUGAACGACAAGCGCGAAGUGACCACGGCGCAGGGCGAGGAGGAGGCCCGGCGCAACAACCUCAUGUUUGUCGAGACGUCGGCAAAGCUAGGCCACAACGUCAAGACGCUGUUCAAGAGGAUAGCCCAGGCCUUGCCCGGGAUGGAGGGCACCGGUGGGGAAGGUGCCGGUGGUGCGGGCACGGGGGCGGCGGCGACGAGGAUCGAUGUCAGCAGUAAGGAGACGGUGGCGCAGGAGGGAUGCGCUUGUUAA